GGAGGCCGCUGUCCAAUACCCUUCAUGAGUGCUUGCAGACCCGGGAAAGCAGUGGAGAGGAGCUGGUUGAGCUCCCCAGAGGCGCUGGAGGUGGUGGGGGCUGUGGGUCACUAGGGGAGCCUCAGAAGGUGAAAUGGGAGCCCUGCUCCUGAUGGCCCUGCCUGGCUGGACUCCUAGGCUGCUGGUGUGAGGUCUCUGAACCCCAGACCCUUUCCAGGGGAAGGGUCAUUUCGGUGGGUGGGCAGCAAUGAGCGUGGGCCCCCUCAGCCCGAGUACCCGCCGGCGGCUUCUCCAGGGUGAAGCCAGCCCCCUCCCAGCACCUCUGCCCAGCAGUGUGGCCAUCUUCAUCAGCUCCACGGCCUCAGAUAUGGACGCAGAGAGGGAAGCCCUGCAGAGCACCGCCUACCUGGAAGUGCAGACCUUCUGCCAGAAGCAUGGCUUGAUGUUGGAGGUCGUUGAUCUGAGAUGGGGUAUUCGGGACACUGAAGCCACUGACCACUUGACCACAGAACUCUGCUUGGAGGAGGUCGACCGCUGUUGCAAAACAUCCAUAGGGCCAGCUUUUGUUGCCCUCAUCGGUGAUCAGUACGGCCCCUGUCUGGUUCCCUCGCAGAUUGACGAGAAGGAGUGGGAAGUAUUGAGGGCCCGGCUGACUGCCAGGCCGAGUGACCUGGAGCUGGUGGCAAGGCACUUCCGGAGGGACGAGAAUGCGGUUCCUCCUGCCUACGUCCUGCAGGCACCAGGUACUGGGGAGGCCUGCGAGCCAGAGGAGGCCACCCUAACCUCUGUCCUAUGCUCUGGAGCCCAGGAGGCCCGGAGGCUGGGCCUCAUCACCCAGCAGCAGUGGCAUCGCUACCACCGGUCAGCCAUUGAGUGGGAGAUAGAGCGGGGCCUGCUGAGCUCAGAGGACCGGGACCAGCGAGCCACUGUCUUCCUUCGAGAGAUCCAAGACCUCCACAAACACAUUCUGGAGGACUGCGCCCUCAGGAUGGUGGACCGGCUCGCGGAUGGCUGCCUGGACACGGAUGCCCAGAGCCUUCUCAGCAACCUCAAGGCUCACAUCACUGACGUGCACCCCGGGGUCCUCAAGGCGCACCGCCUGCCAUGGAGCCGGGAUCUGGUGAACCCCAAGAACCAGACUCACGCCCGCUACCUGAAGGAGCUGGGUGAACAGUUUGUGGCAAGGGCCGAUCACCAGAUCCUCGAACACCUCCGUGAGCUGGAUGUGGCCAGGCAGGAGAUGGCAUGGCUCUACCAAGAAAUCCGCCACCACCUUUGGCAGAGCUCGGAGGUCACCCAGACUUUCUGCGGACACCAGGAACUCCUAGCCCGGCUCGGACAGCAGCUCAGGCAGGAUGACAGCAAGCCACACACCCCCCUGGUGCUCUUUGGAGUCCCAGGCAUUGGAAAGACGGCCCUGAUGUGCAAGCUGGCCGAGCAGAUGCCAAGGCUGCUCAGGCACAAGACAGUGACUGUCCUACGGCUUCUGGGGACAUCGCAGAUGAGCUCAGAUGCCCGCAGCCUGCUGAAGAGCAUCUGCUUCCAGGUGUGCCUGGCCUAUGGGCUGCCCCUGCCCCCUGCCCAGGUCCUGGAUGCCCACACCAGAGUGGUCCAGUUUUUCCACGUCCUCCUCCACACCAUCUCUUGCAGAAACUUUGAGUCUCUCGUGCUCCUGCUGGAUGCUAUGGAUGACCUGGACUCUGUCCGCCAUGCUCGGAGGGUGCCCUGGCUGCCUCUCAACUGCCCCCCGAGGGUUCACCUCAUCCUUUCAGCUUGCUCAGGGGCAUGGGGGGUUUUAGAUACUUUACAGCGGGUGCUCCCCGACCCGGAGGCCUACUGGGAGGUGAAGCCCCUCUCCGGAAACCAAGGCCAGGAGAUGAUCCAACUCCUGCUGGCGGCAGCAAAGAGGACACUGAGCCCUGUGCACACAGAUUUGCUCUGGGCCAGCCUCCCGGAGUGUGGGAACCCGGGGCGGCUGAGGCUGGCCUUUGAGGAGGCCCGGAAAUGGGCCUCCUUUACUGUGCCUGCCCCUCUGGCCAGCACCGCAGAGGAAGCCACACACCAGCUCUGCGCCCGCCUGGAGCAGACGCACGGGCGGCUCCUUGUGGCCCACGUGCUGGGCUACAUCGUCUCCUCCCGGCACGGUCUCUCGGAGGCAGAGCUGAAGGAUGUCCUGUCCUUGGACGACGAGGUCCUGCAGGCUGUGUACCGGGACUGGACCCCGCCCAGCAAGGAACUGCUGCGAUUCCCACCCCUGCUGUGGGUGCGGCUUCGUCGGGAUCUGGGAUACUGCUUGGCUCGGCGGCCCGUGGAUGGCUCCACCCUCCUGGCCAUUGCCCACAGACAGCUGGUCCAGGUUGUCCGUGAGCGCUACCUGUCGGGGUCUGAGAGAACCGAGAGGCACGGAGUCCUGGCCGACUUCUUCUUAGGGACCUGGAGCCAGGGUACCAAGAAGCUCAUCACUCUGCCACUUGUGGGGAAACCCCUCAACUUGGACCGAAAGGUGGCCCCUCAGCCUCUGUGGUUCUCAGACACAGUUGCAAACCUGCGGAAGCUGAAGGAGUUGCCCUAUCACCUACUUCACUCGGGCCGCCUGGAGGAGCUGAAACAGGAGGUCCUGGGCAGCAUGAGCUGGAUUUCCUGCCGGGGAAUCUCUGGGAGCAUCGAAGACCUGCUGGACGACUUUGACCUCUGUGCCCCUCACCUGGACUCUCCUGAGGUCGGCCUGGUCCGUGAAGCCCUCCAGCUCUGCCGCCCGGCUGUGGAGCUCCGAGGCAUGGAGAGGAGCCUCCUGUACACAGAAAUGCUGGCCAGACUCCAUUUCUUCGCCACCUCACAUCCCGCACUGGUGGGACAGCUAUGCCAACAGGCCCAGAGCUGGUUCCGGCUGUGUCCACACCCUGUGCUGGUGCCCCUCGGAGGAUUCCUCCAGCCCCCGGGAGGACCCCUCCGGGCAACCCUCAGCGGUUGUCACAAAGGCAUCACUGCCAUAGCGUGGGGUGCGGAGGAGAAGCUGCUGGUGAUUGGCACCCAGGAUGGCAUCGUGGCUGUGUGGGACAUGGAAGAGCAGCAUGUGAUCCACAUGCUAACUGGACACACAGGAGAGGUGAGGUGCGUGAAAGUAUUUGCCAAAGGGACCCUUGCCAUCUCUGCUUCGAAGGAUUACACACUGCGCUUGUGGAACUUACUCUCUGGCCAGGAGAAAUUUACCAUUUGGGAUGGAAGCUCAAAAAAUCUCACGGGACCUCAGAUCUGGAGCCUUCAUGUGGAUGAAGCACACAAAGUUGUGUAUUCGGCAUCUGGCUCAAAGAUCAAUGCUUGGAAUCUGGAUACUGCAGAGCUGGUUUUCCGUAUCCUGGGAGAUGCCUCUGAUCCUUGGAUGUGCAUGGCCGUGCUGGACUCCCAGGCCACGCUGCUGACAGUGUCCAGGGAUGGUGUGGUCAGUCUGUGGAACUCAGCCACAGGAAAACUUCAGGGGAAGCAACACGUGUCCAGCAUCAAAGAAGAAACACCCGCCUGUGCUGUCUCAGUCCAGAAGCAAGGGAAGCUUGUGACCGGGUUUAGCAAUGGCUCCAUCUCUUUGGUUUCCUCCGAAGGGGACAGAUUGCUGGAGAAGCUUCCAGAUGCUGUGAGGUUCCUGGUGGUGUCUGAAGAUGAGUCUCUCCUCGCCGCAGGCUUCGGAAGGUUGGUGCGGAUCUUCUUGGCAGACUCUCGGGGCUUUCACCGAUUCAUGGCCGCGGAUCUGGAACACGAGGACACGGUGGAGACAGCUGUUUUUGGUACUGAGAACAACCUGAUCAUCACGGGGUCCCUUGAUGCUCUUGUUCAGGUGUGGAGUCUGUCAGAACAGGGGACCCUGCUGGACAUCCUGGAAGGCGUCGGGGCCCCUGUGAGCCUGCUGGCCUGCUGUGGGGCUUUGGUGGCAUCUGCUUCCUGGCAGUCCUCGUCUUUCAAGGUCUGGGAUCUCAGCAAUGCUCAUAGGCCCCGGGCCCCUGCGCCGUUUCUGGACCGCACCGGCCUCACCGCAGUGUCCCACAAUGGAAGCUACGUCUACUUCCCCAAAAUUGGGGACAAAACCAAAGUCACUAUUUGGGACUUGGCAGAAGGUGAGGAACAAUAUUCCCUGGACACCUCCAGUGAGGUCAGGUGUCUGGAGGUCGCUGAGCAGCACAAGCUCCUGUUCACUGGCCUCAUGUCGGGGGUUGUCCUUGUGUUCCCCCUGAAUUCCAGGCAGGACGUGAUAUGCAUUCCCCCUCCCGAGGCCCGGAAAGCAAUCAGCUGCAUGUCCCUGAGCAAGCAUGAGGACCGCCUGGCCAUUGCCUAUGACAACAUCGUCCUGGUGCUGCACAUCAGCCCCGGGGACCCCUGCCCGCUCAUCGAUGGCCCAAGGUAUACCUUUUAUACCCAGCCGCCCGAGACCAUCUCCAAUGUGGCCGUUCUGACGGACUACCGCGUGAUCUACAGCAUGACCAACGGGGACCUCUUUCUUUACGAGUGUGCAAAUUCCAAAGCGUUUCCCUUGGAGGCCCACAGGAGCCGAGUCACGUGUGUGGAGGUCAGCCACAAGGAGCAGCUGCUGGCCAGUGGGUCUGAGGAUGCCCUGCUGUGUCUCUGGGACCUACAGGCAUGCAAGCGGAAAUUCGAGAUGAGCUACACGAGUUCUUACUGCAGAGGGGUCCAAUGUGCUUGCUUCUCCAAGGAUGACAAGUACGUAUACGUGGGCUUAAAGGAUCGCUCCAUACUUGUCUGGAGUGUGCUGGAUGAGCAAAAACAGGCUCUGAGAGGCUGGCCGACUUGUCCAAGGUCACACAGUGAGUAACUAGUAGGCUGAGGUUUGAAGUUGAUCUGCCUGAUCUCAGUAUGCCUUUGUCACUUUCUUACACUUUCUCCUAUGGAAAAGGCGCUCAUUGUGUAUUACCUCUCUGAACCCUUAUGAUACUGGUAGGAGAUAAAUAUCAUUGCUAUCCUUGUUUGACAAUGAAGAAGCUGAGGCUCAGAGAGGUUAGGAGACUUGCCCCAGGUCACAAAAGAAGUAAGUGGCUGAAUGAAUGUCAGGUGGAGCCUAAUACAUUGUAGUCGAAUGUACUGUAAUUUGAUACACAGUAAACUAUAACACUAUAAUACAUUGUAGUAUAGCAUGCUGUAGCAAAGAUAUAUAUAACCGGUAUAAAGUACAGAUGGCUCAGAAGCUGAAGGUUGAGGAUUGUGGCCUUAAAAGCCCAUCCUAGGCCAGUUCACAAUCUCUAUUCCUUCUCCUUUGACAAUAAUAUUUACUGAGCUUACUCUGGGCCAAAAACCUGUAUUAAACACAUGACCUGCGUGAUGCCUUCCAAUCUCAAAAAUCCCUCUGGGCAGGGGUAGGAUCUGUUAUCAUUCCCAUUGUGCAGAUAAAGCAAGAGGGACCCUUUGGGAUGAUAAAUGUCAUGCCAAAGUUAAUAAGGGGCAUAACAGGAAUCUGAUCCCAUGCAGCCAACUCUAGAAUGUAUAGGAUUGGACCUCUACACCCCAUUUUUCUCAUUUGUGUCCUUC